AUGAUGAUACUGGUGGUGAUGAAAUUUUAUCCACAGGCCAUAAUAAAGUCGUUCAUCGGUGCGAUGCGUAGCAGCUUUUUCAUCAUUGACCGAGAGCACAUCGACGGGCAGCUGCUGGCUGAUAUGUGGGACGACGGCUGGACGUCCGAAAGGAGUGCUCUUCCCAGAAAAAAGUUAAAGAUUAACUUAACCCUGGAGGAGAGCCCGGCAGGCUUGGUGGCGAGAACAGGUGUGCCGCUCAACGUGCAGGAUGCAUAUAGAGAUGCACGCUUUGCGAGGGAAAUUGAUCCCACUACUGGGAUGGUUGUGAGAACCGCCUUAGUGUAUCCUAUCACUGAUAAGAAUGGAGUUAUUGGCGUGGUCCAGUUAAUGAACAAACACGAUGAUCGACCGUUCGAUGCGGACGACGAGACGAUCUUCGAGGUGUUCGUCAACUACUGCUCGCUCAUUGUGCACUUCUACCAGAUGCAUCAGAAGAAACUAUAUCACGAGAACUUGAACAAAGUGUUCUCGGAGCUGAUGGAGCUGCACCUGAAACCCUGCCAACACGACAUGGCCGAGCUCAUGGAGACCAGCGGCAUCAUCGUUCCGCCAACUAACUUUAGAAGUUUCGAUUUUUAUAUCGGGGAAAACAAGGAAGACAUGCCGGGCUUGACCUGCCUCAUGUAUAUUGAGACGUUCGCUCAUACAAACUUCGACCGGCACCGGCUCGCCGAUUUCGUGCUGACCGUCCUCAACUGCUACCGAGACAAUCCUUAUCACAAUGCGGAACACGCCUUUAACUUCACCCACACCAUGUACGUGAUAUUGAAGAACAACUGCGGCUUCUUUAGCUUUGUCGAGGACAAGCGGCUUAUGUCACGGCUGGCGGUGAGCGAGCGCGCGCGGCUGCUGCACGAGGUGCGGUACGCGAUCAUGUGCACGGACCUGGCCGCGUACUUCGCUGUGCGCGCGCAGCUCGCCCGCGUCGUUGCCGAGCGUGCCUUCUGCUGGCAGGAGCCCGACCACCGCGCGCUACUCAAGGGUAUUCUGAUGACAACGAGCGACUUAUCGGGUUGUUGCAAACCGUUCGGAAUCGCCAAGGCAAUCACCCAAUCUAUCUAUGAGGAGUUUUAUAAUCAGGGCGAUCGAGAGCGUGUUAUGGGCUACACCCCUCUGAGCAUGAUGGACAGAAAGCGUAGCAUCAAUCAGCCGGCGGAACAGAUCCAGUUCCUGUCGGUUGUGGUGCUGCCCUGUUUGAUGCUGCUCAGCAACAUCUUCCCAAACACCAGCCCACUCAUAGAUAACUGCAGGAAAACUCAAGAGGGCUGGCAUGAGGAGAUAGAAAUGCGAGGAAUGAAGUUGUGGAGACAAGAGGACUCCAUACCUUCAAACAGAACCGGCGCCUUGCUCAAUUCCGAUUCCAAGUCAGGAGAAAUUAGUUGA